UGAUGGCAUCCGAAAUUCCGAACUUUUUCUCUCAGCAUCUCUCUCGCUUCUGCAUUCAUUCCAGAGGGAGAGUUCCAAAAUUAAACGCAAACCCUACGCCGUACUUGAAAAACAGAGAUGCGGCACGAAACAGCUGGCCCCAACGUCCCUAUUAUUCCCAAUUUAAACGGCUCAAAGUCUCUCGAAUCCCAAGCCUUUACUUUUCGAGUUCGAAUCCCCUCUGCAGCCGACCGAAUCGUCAGAGGGCAAAGAUGGUGGCAUUGAACAAGUUCUUAUCCAAGAAGAGGUUGAUUGGUUUGGGGUUAGGGCAGUUCGUCUCACUCCUGAUCACCUCGACCGGAUUUGCUUCCUCCGAGCUGUCUAGAAAAGGAAUCGAUGCUCCGACAUCGCAGUCAUUCUUGAAUUAUGUGCUGCUGGCGGUGGUUUAUGGGGGUUGGAUGAUCUACAAGAAGAGAUCGCUUCAGACGAAAUGGUAUUUCUAUUUGUUGCUAGGCUUUAUUGAUGUUGAGGCUAAUUUCCUCGUGGUGAAGGCUUACCAGUAUACAUCUUUAACAAGUGUCAUGUUGUUGGACUGUUGGACAAUUCCAUCUGUUAUAUUUCUUACAUGGAUAUUCUUGAAGACCAAAUACAAAAUCAAGAAAUUUUCUGGUGUGGCCAUUUGCAUUGCUGGCCUUGCUUUAGUUGUGUUCUCUGAUGUCCACGCUUCUGAUAGGACAGCUGGAAGCAAUCCUGUGAAAGGAGAUUUGCUUGUUGUUUUUGGAUCUAUGCUUUAUGCAGUUAGCAAUGUUAGUGAGGAGUUUCUAGUCAAGACUGGGGACCGAACUGAGCUGAUGGCAAUGCUUGGCAUUUUUGGAGCUAUUAUUAGUGCUUGUCAAAUAAGCAUUCUUGAACGUAAUGAGCUUAAAUCAGUUCAUUGGACACCUGGUGCGGUGUUUCCAUUCCUUGGAUUUUCCUCGGCGAUGUUUUUGUUUUACUCUGCUGUUCCAGUCUUACUUAAGAUAAGUGGCUCUGCCAUGCUAAACCUUUCUCUGCUCACUUCAGAUAUGUGGGCAGUUCUCAUACGCAUCUUUGCUUAUCAUGAAAAGGUUGAUUGGAUGUAUUUUAUAGCAUUUUUUGCAGUUACUAUUGGACUUAUCAUAUACUCAUGGGGCUCAGAAGAAGAGGAAAAAACAUCCGAGACAGCAAAUGUGGAUCAUGAAGAAGCCAAAUGUAGGGAUGAAGAGUCUGCAAAUGGUGAUUUGGUUCCUGGUCCGUCGUCAUCUGGAAGCCAAGGAUUUGGAGAUGUAGGGAAGGUUCCUUACUACUCUCUUAUCAGGAAUGAGGAUGACUCAAACAACUGAAUUAUGUUGCCAGGAGGAGAGUUUACGAGCAGUUUUGAGUGAAUUAUUCAUGUCUGGUUGUUUUUUUUUUUUGUGACAUUUCAUUUCAAUUCACUAUUUUCUGAUUUUUAAUAGGAAUUGAAAAUUUAUCAACAUCUGUAACAAUAUAUUCUUCAGAUAUUUACUAAAUAUUUGUUGUUGAUUUACUGGUUGAA